AUGGUGAUUAAGAAUCUCGCCUCGGGACCAGGCCCGCUUUUGGCUGCAUCGACUGGGGAUCGUUGGCACCAGGUAUCUGCAUCUGGGACCGACCCCCUGGGCUGGCUAAUCAAGGAGGAAGCAGCAGCAGUAUCUGCUGUGGGGGCUGCAGCUCUGUACCUGCAUCAUCCUGGUGAUAGUCACAGUGGCCAAGUGGGUUUCUUGGGGGCCCAGCUUCCUCCAGAGGUGUCAGCAAUGGCCCAGCUACUAGGGGACCUAAACAGGAGCACGUUCAGAAAAUUGCUGUUUGUGGUCAGCAGCCUGCAAGGGGAGGACUGCCGAGAGGCUGUGCAGUGUCUUGGGGUCAGCGCCAACCUGCCAGAGGAGUGGCUGGGUGUCCUGCUGGCAGGCGUGCACACGCUGCUCCAUCUGCGCUCCACCAGCCUGAAGCCCAACACCUUCAGGGACCAGCUCCAGGAGCUCUGCAUCCCCCAAGACCUGGUCGCGGACUUGGCCAGCAUCGUAUUUGGGAGCCAGCGACCCAUCCUUUAUUCUGUGGCCCAGCAGCCAGGGGCCUGGCUGCCCCAUGUUGCUGACUUUCCGUGGUGGGUGGAUGUGACAAUCUCCACCAGUGCCCUGGCUCACUCCCUGCAACUGAGCGUCCUGAUGCAGCUGAAGCUUUCAGAUGGGUUAGCACACCGCUUCGAGGUCCCCAUAGCCAAGUUCCAGGAGCUGUGGUACAGCAUGGCCCUGGUCCUAAAGGAGAUGGCAGAUCUGGAGAAGAGGUGUGAGUGUGGCCUGCAGGACUGA